AUGCAGGAUCAGGAUGAAUUUUACAGGACCCUCUGCUCGUCGGAGACGCUCCGCUCCGGCGGGAAGGGAUUCUUCCACGAUUUCAGCGGGCACGUGAUGCAAACCGCGGGCGAUACCUGGACGUCGGGGGUAUUCGGCCGGAUCGAUGACGACGAGGGACGGGCGAGGGCGGUCUUCGCCGACGCGAAAGUAAAAGACGUCGUGGCCGACACGCUCGCAAAGGUGAAGCCCCUUUUCAGGGAUAAGGAUGCGGGGAUCUCGAGACGCAGGCGACUCGAAGGAUACCAGCUCGCCGCCGUCGGCGAACACGACAGGGCCCUUUUACUGUUCAGUCAGGCUGUCCUGCGCGCACCUCAACCAGGUCGAAACAAGACGGUUGAUCAGGGUCUGUCGUUGCCCCUGGCGCUGUUGGGAAGAGCCGAGAUCUUUAUGGCCCUCAAAGAAUACCAUCUCGCACUGGAAGAUCUGCGACUGGCCGCCGAGCACGAUUUACCGGAUAAAUCGAUGCAGGACUGCCAGCGAAAGAAGGCGGAGUGCGAGCGGUUUUUGAGAAGCAACGACAACUCUCCCGUGCCCGUCGACCUCCGCGUCGACAAGGUGGCUCGAUUGAUUGCGGACACGGAGAAAAGCAACGGCGGUGGCGGCACGCCGUUAAACGGCGCCGUUAAUUCCGAGCUCCGUUGGUCGUCCGGCGCCCUGGAAAUCCGCGAGACCACGACGGCGGGUAAACACGCCGUCGCAACCGCGGAAAUACAUCCGGGUGAUAUUCUGCUGGCCGAGCCGCCGCUGGCGGGCUGUCUCCUGCCCGAGUUCUACGGCACCCAUUGUCAGCAUUGUUACGCGAGACUGAGGGCGCCGGUCGGGUGUCCGAGCUGCAGCUGCGUUGCCUUUUGCGGACGAGACUGCAGGGACGUCGCGAUGGCGACGUAUCACAAGUACGAGUGCAAAGUUCUGGCGCUGCUGAUAGGCUCCGGCAUGAGCGUGCUCAGCAUGGUCGCCCUUCGGAUGGUGACGCAGGAGGGCCCGCAAAAGUGUUUGAAGAUCUACGAGGAGUUAAAGAAGAGCGUCGUGGAAAAGGCCGCGGCGCCUGCGGCGGUCACAUCCGCCACGACGCCGACGACGCCGGCGACGGAGGCGCUGAAUACGCACGGCAUGAAAUCACCGGCGAGCAGCAGGUCGGCGAAAAGGAGAGUCAGGCGGAGGAAACUCAAGGAAUCGAGACGAGGCGAGGAAAUUACCGAGAUGAUGGAGGAGAAGGUCACAAAGGAGCCUCGCGAGAGCGACGACAAGAGCGUGGCCGCGUACAACUUGGUGACGCACGCGGACAGACGGGCGAGCAGAGACUUCCUGGAGAGAUCGCUGAUGGCGGCCUUCCUGCUCAAGUGCCUGCAGAGAGUCGGCUUCUUCGCGUGCCCCACGCCGGACGACGAAGUCCCGGGCGCCGAGGAGAUCACCGUGGCCGCCCUGCUGCUAAGGAACCUGCAGCUGCUCCAAUUCAACGCCCAUGAGUUCUUCGAGACGCGAGCGAGCGCGGAGCAUCGAUUUCGCGGCAGCCGACCGGUCUACCUCGGCGUGGCGAUUUAUCCCACAGUCGCCCGUUUCAAUCACGACUGCUAUCCCGCGGUGACGAGAUACUUUGUCGGCCGGCAUAUCGUAAUAAGAGCGGUCCGCGGUCUGCGGCCCGGCGACGUUAUUGCCGAAAACUACGGGCCGAUAUUUACGAAGAGGACCCUCGCCGAGCGUCAAAGGACACUGGCGGGAAGGUACUGGUUCCGGUGCACGUGCAAAGCCUGCCGGGAGGAUUGGCCGCGCUUUGAGAAUCUGACGAACGAUUCCGUCAGGUUGAGGUGUCCUACGGCAGGAUGCAGCGGAGUGCAUUCGCCAGCCCGGCAGGGUAAGCUGAUAAAAUGCCCGGGCUGUCAAAAGAAAAUCUGCUUGGAGGAUCGGCUCGCGUGCCUACGGGAGUGCGAGGCUCUCUACGACCGCGGAUUGGCCGAGAUGGACGACGAGAGGGUCGGCGAGGCGAUCGGGACACUCUGCGACGCCCUGAAGAGAUUUCACCAAGUCGCCUGUCCGCCGCAUCGGGACACACACCUGGCCGAAAUUGCUUUAAGCUCCUGUCUGGCUGACUACGGGAAUACUUGGCGACCGGCGGUGCUUUGAAGAGCGGAGAAGGAAGCUGACUCGAACGGAAGCUGUAACCACGCGGGCGACCGCGGCGGUUCGAAGAUGCCCUUCGAAUAAAAGAGGAUCGCGUUUGAUCGUAGGACGCUGGCCGGACGCAAUUUGAUCCCGGCGCACUCUGCGAUACGCCGAAACGUAUGUACACCCCGGCCAACAUUCGCGUUCUCGACGAAAAUGUAUUGUUUGUUAACGUUUUCGAGAGCCCAAUCAAUUGCCGAACCCUUCCUUCGACGCUCCAAAGGAGUGAGAUUCCACUCGAAAAAAAAAUUAAGAGAGUAAAUUGAAAAGUUCCUCUUUCGAAAAAUUUUCCCUAAUUGAGUGAAACGCCCCCCCCUCCCCGCCUUACCUUAACAAACAAGAUUCGAGCACGAUAUUCCGUUUACUUUCGUAAAAAUUUAUUAAUAAUCCACCCUUCGCUUUAAAUGGCUGAAAGCCGCCGUGCCGCACGGCUCGAGAUUUUUCCGCGGCACGGUCCUUUCUCAGAUUACUGCGAUCCGGAUCGAAGUCUGCGCGGGAGAGGAACGUUAUCUUUAUCGCCUUUAUAAAAUCGCCCGGGCAAUGUAAUAAAAAGCUGCCGCGGGAGGAGGAUGUAGAAUGAAAAGGAUUCCGUCCGGCGCGCGAACGUUGUCACGUCGCCCGCAUAACGUCGUACAAUUUGCACGCGUUAUUACCCCGCCCCAUACAUACGCACCGCGCCGCUCCCCCGCGGUCCCUUGUACCCGCGACGAUUAUCGGCGCACGGACGGCGGCAGAUAGCGAUAAUUGAUAUUGCGAGCGUGAAACGGCUGCGCGAGUAGAUGUUCGGUAUCGGGGAAAUUAGCGGCCGAGGCGUUUACCGAGGCGUCGACCUGGAAGCCAACUUUUUUAAUUUCGCCUGCACACAGAGCGCGGGCAAUCAAUUGGUUCAUCCGAGAUCUCUCCUGAUUGCCUCCGCUGUGUAUACACCUGUGUGUACGUGUGUGUGCGCGCGCACGUUCGCACGGUGUAUCGUAUCCCUAUCUGUGAAAACAUACGAUCGGGGGGGGGGGGGGGGUGGAGUUUCUGAUAAGUCGUACGGCUUUUUGCUCUUGCACCCACCUCUCGUUCUGCCGAUCGCGAAAAGCAUGGAAUUCUGCCAAUCUUAACGUUAAGAAAUCCCGGUUCCGUCUCGUUUAACAACCACGUCGAGGAAGUAUUUACGAUAGACCUCCCCUUCCCUCCCCCCUCCAUCCUCGGAGAACGCCAAGAAUUAUUUACAGCGAAAUAAUAAAGUAGAGCACUCGUUCUCCAUUCUACUCUUUUCAAAUUAUAAUAAUUAAAGUAUUUUCUCUCUCUCUCUCUCUCUCUCUCUCUCUUCGAUCUCUACUAUUUUCUUUCCGCUGGUCCCUUUUUGUCUUUUAAAAAUAAAAUGGUUUAGCAAAAUGGUUUUUCUCUCGCAGACGACGCUCCCUUGCACGAUGGGCCGUGUAUUUAUCAUCGCGCGCUGCACAAAAUGCGUGCAGACUGUCGGGGUGUAUAUAGCGGUUGCGCGCUCACGUAUCACAUAUAUUAUAUUAUAUAUAUAUCCGGAUUAAGGGACUCAAAAUCCGACACAACCCGUUAACCUUUUUCUUCCGUUCGUGACAAUCGCUGGCCGCUCCGCAACGGCAUGUUGAGUCGUUAUUUUCGAGAGUGCACUGCGCAAUAUCUGUAUCGCGGAUACGAUAAGUGCACCAGCGAAUCCCCCCAAUUUCUACGAUCAUAUAUGUACGCAUAUAUAAAGUGUUACAUGGAUAUUGUUUUAAUGUAAGAACCUGUUAAUAUUUUAACCUUUACAUAACUAGACAAGUGCGCGCGCGUUGCGAAUAAUGUACGUAUGAUAUUUUGUGAUCUUCAAAAAAUGUAAUAAAAUCAAUUAACAUCGA